AUGGGUUUGAACAGUCCUUUGCCAGUGCGAUUGGAAGAGGAGACUAGGAAAGCAGCCAAAAUAUUGAAGAGUUUCGUGGAUGUGAACAACAAUGGAUUAGACAAGGUGAUACCCCGUCAAGUAUUAGAGAGAGCAGCAGGAUUCGCAAUCUUCACAGUAUUCAAAGCUGGUUUCGUACUUACCGCCAGGGCAGGAAGUGGGGUGGUCAUCGCUAGAUUGGAUGAUGGAUCCUGGUCACCGCCUUCUGCUAUCGGUUUGGGAGGAUUUGGUUUCGGUGGGCAGAUGGGCGCAGAAGUAACAGAUUUCCUCAUCGUUCUGAAUUCCAGAGCAGCGGUCGCAUCAUUCAUGUCAGCUGGUAAUCUGACUUUGGGAGGUAACCUGUCGGUCGCUGUCGGUCCACUGGGUCGAAAUGCCGAGGGAUCAGGAUCAGUCAAUACGAAAGGCCAUCUCGCCGCCAUGUAUUCCUAUUCCAAGACCAAAGGUCUAUUCGGCGGUGUCUCAGUAGAAGGAUCGGUGAUUGUCGAGCGUCAAGAUGCCAACAGGUUAGCUUAUGGUGGUAAUCCUAAUGCGAAGCAGAUUUUAUCAGGUACAUUUGAUCCACCAGAAUGGGCUCAUGUGUUAAUCGAUCAAUUGGAGAAAUCUACUGGUUUACCCGGCGGUCAGACUUGGAUUCAGGAUAAAGACAAACAUUUAGAAUACGGUACAGGCAUGGGAAUGGGUACACCGGAAAAGAAAGGUGGAUAUGUAUUUGGAGAAGGAUUAGGUGCAGGUGGGAAUACCCCUCCAACGACUCAGAAUGGUAGAAGAUCUAGAGGAAAUAGUUUAUUUGGUGGACAGAACCAAAAUGAUAGAUCGGGCAAUGGAAGUGGACCUCCUUCAAGACCUAGUAGCUCAAGAAAAGGAUCCUCCUUCAACCCAUUUACAACCGGUUCCAAUAGUCCUCGAGGAGCCAGAAGCCCGUUGGAACAUUCCUCAGAGACUUAUUCGGCUGGAAUGGGAAAUGGCACUCCAACAGGAGGUAGAUCAAGAUCAGGUUCUUUACUGAAGAAUGGUGAAGUACCUCAACCAUUUUCAUAUAUGAGUCCAUCUAGAUCCCAGCAACAGGCUGCAAAAGAAAAAGAUCUGUUGGGUGAUUGGGAUACACCUGCGAAUACGAAUGAUCCAUUCUCAACUGCAUCUUCGAAUCGAUCAACGGCAGGAAGGAAACUCAGUGCAGGUGAGAAAGAUUUAUUGGGUACAUGGGAAUCGAAUGGGCAAAAUUUAUCUGCCCAAUUCGCUUCUUUGAAAACUUCAGAUACGUAUGGUAAUUCAAAUGGAAAUGGGACGAGAAGUAGGACUGGAUCACAAGCGAGAAAAGAAGAUAUUAAUAAAACAUUUGAUGACAUAUUGGAAUAUCCAAAUCAACAGAAAGAUGAAAUUGAUUAUACACCGAGAGAAACUGAAUCAAAAUUCGCUAAUAUCGAUUGGUCAACUUAUCUCUCUUCGACUUCGACUUCGUCUACCAAUGGGACUGGACCAAAACCAAGCAAUUUCGUAUCGAUCGCUUCUGGGAAUCACAAACGGAAUACAUCACCGACAAAGAAAUCUAGACCUUUCUCGAUGUAUGGCGGGGGUAGCGGUAGUGGCAGUAAUAAGGUAUCACCUAACUUAGGUAAUAGUUCCAAAGAAUUUUCACCAUUUGAAGAUCUACCUGUUGGUAGAUUGAGGUCCAACUCGAAUGAAGAUGGUUCAAGACCUUUUGAAAGUUAUUUGAAAUAUGCCAAUCAGAAGGAAUCCCCACACAACAAUUCAAAUGGGAGGGAUAACAAUAUGUCUCAACCGAAGCCUGAUCUCAGGUUAAAAACUGGAUUGGAAAAUGAUGGUAACUUUGAAGGAUAUGCACGCGCUAUUGGUUUAUACGAUUUCAUCACUUCGACCGAAGGAGAUUUGAAUUUCAAAAGUGGACAAGUGAUUAUCGUUUUAGAUAAGGUCGAUGGAUCUUGGUGGAAAGGUUAUUCACCGAUUAGUAGGAAAACGGGCAUAUUCCCUUCCAAUUAUGUUGAGAUUGUGGAAUUGCCGAAGAAUCCUAAAGGUGGUGUUGGAUGGGGGGAAUUGAGGAAGAGAGUAGGAGGCAAUGAAUUUGAUCAAUAG